UUAAACACACGAGUGCAUUAGACCAGUUCCAGUCAUCAGGAGCUUGUCAACGGCGGACUUCUAAACCUCGCGAUCUUGCCCCUCAACCAAGCGUUCCUCGUUGUUAGCACUUAGGAACAAUGCCGAAGAUUGCCCCUCCUGAGCUCAAACGCUUCAUGGACAAGAAGCUCAGCAUUACGCUGAACGCGAACCGCCAUGUGUCGGGGACGCUCCGAGGAUUCGACCAGUUCAUGAACCUGGUGCUGGACGCGACGGUGGAUGAGAAGCUGAAGGUCGACAUUGGGAUGGUGGUCAUCCGCGGGAACAGCAUUCAGACGAUAGAGGCGCUGGAGCCCAUCGCCACUGGGAACUAAGCGUGUGGACGAGCGCAUGGGCUGAUUCGGGGCUCGGGGUUUCUAGGGACUACGUCUGGGCGCUCGUGCUACGCUUACGGGGCGGAGCGUGGCAGCGUGCUGGGGGACUUGACCGCCCACACGGUGGGCUAAAGAGCUUUUGACACUUGACAUUAACGCAGUAUCCAGGCGUUCCGCAGCCUUGGCGUGCCAUAGAGGCGCAUGACUGCUGUCCGCUGUGAGGAGGAGGCGCGCGGAAGGCGGAGCGGAAGCCUGUGGCGCGGCGGAUGGGCCCCACGCAAUCCGUCAGCAGUGCGGGCAUGCACUGCUGUGAUGCGGUGGAGCCGUAGGCCCCAGCGGAGGUUCCAGGGGCAUGAGAUGCUGGUGUACGGUCGAUAGGCAGACGCCUUGUGACUGACUGGACAUCGGAGCUUGAGAAAAGUUCACGUUUGUACUGGUCGGCUGUGCGGUUUGGCGAACGAGCUGCAUUUGCGUUUGCGGGCUUGUCUGGGUACGCUCUCGGGUGCGUGACUAUACCUGGUCACCAGAAUGUUGGUGAUGGGUUGUCUGGUAUGUUGAACGGAGGCUAAUUGAGGAGCGGCUGCAUGGCCCGGUGGCGUGCUGGCGGUUGGCAGCGGGACAUGUAAGCUACGAAUAUG